UUUUAUAAUAUUUGCUGCGUCGUCGAAUCGAGUGCCGGUCACCGGUGACCCCCAUAGCAGUCAACGUGUUAAUCUACAAUCAGUCGAACGAUUUCAAUUGAAAGUGAUUCUUAUCGAAGAAGGCGUCGAUUAUUUGUUUAAUACGAGGAUUGUCCUGAUAAAAAUUCUAUUAUUCUCGAAGAAACUUUCGAUACCAUGCGACUUCGUGAAAAUUCUUUUAUUUUGAAGAACCUCUUGGUGUUAAACAACCAGUGACAUAAUGAAAAUUCUUGUUUUUUUUUAGCCUUCUAAAUGAUCUAAUGGAAAUUUUUUAAAUUUUUCAGAACCUUUUAAUACCAAGACGAUCAGUGACCUAACAAAAAUUCUAUUAUUUUCCCAGAAUCUUCUAACACCAAAUGACAUAAUGGAAAUUCUUGUUCUUCCCAGAACCUCCCCUAAACGAUCUGAUGAAAAUUCUUUUAAUCUUCCAACACCAAGUCAACCAGUGACCUAAUAAAAAUACUAUUUUUCCAUAAGCUUCCAAUCCCAAGUGACCUAACAUAGAAAUUCUUUUAUUUUUUCAUAUCUCAACACUAAACAACCAGCGACUUAAUGAAAGUUCCUUUAUUUUUCCAGAACCUUCCAAGCGAUCCAACGAAAACUCCACUAUUUCUCCAAAAUGUUCAAACUUUAAGCAACCUAUUGAAAAUUCUGUUAUUUCUUCAGAAUGCCUCAACACCGAACAGCAAGUAUUUCCCUCGUCUUUUCGUUUAUCCUUUAACAGCAAUUUUCUCGUAUUUCCUAAACAACCAGCGACCCAAUGAAAAUUUCUUUAUCCUUUCAGAAGCUUUUAACGCGACUAGUGGUAUCCCAAGAGCUUCAGCUACCGAUAAACACCGUGACAUUUCACACACUUGGUUCCAUGUUUCUAUGAAGCUGCACUGUUAUAAAAAGUACGUUUGAGAAAGAAAGACACUUUGCCGACAACCUAAUACAUCGUCGAAAGUCGAUUCGCUUGGAAGAUGUGCCGGCUGCUGAAAAAAUGGAAUUGUUCGAUGUUGAUAAAAAAAAUGUUUGACAAAUUGACACAUCGAACGAUAAUACGAUGUAUCGCUUAAUACUAGAACUACCACACCAGUCAAAUCGACUGGUUUUACAAUUUUAUUUUAAAAUUCCUACUUCGUGUUAUAUUUUUUUCCACAAUGAUGUAAUGA